AUGUCGUUCCAGUCCAAUGGCACACGGAACCGCGGUGAAGAAGAUGAGGUCUGUCCUGUGUGCAAGUCAUCACGGUACCUCAAUCCAGAUAUGCGUUUCCUUAUAAACCCGGAAUGUUACCAUAAAAUGUGCGAGUCAUGCGUGGAUCGCAUCUUCUCGUCAGGCCCAGCCCCAUGCCCAGUUGCCGGAUGCAAUAAAACGCUUAGGAAGAACCGGUUUCGGAAACAAACCUUUGAGGAUAUUGGCGUAGAGAGGGAGGUUGAUGUAAGGAAAAGGGUCAUGCAGAUAUUGAAUCGCCGCGAGGAUGAAUUUGACAACAAGCUAGCCUACGACAACUUUCUUGAACAGCGCGAGGAUAUAAUAACCAACCUGGUCUCCGGCAUCGACGUCGCAAAAACGGAAGCCCAACUCUCCCAAUACGCCGCAGCGAACUCAAAAUCUAUCCGCCGCAACCAAGCGCUCGAAUCCCAAGAAUCCGCCGCUUUCCUGCAACAUCAGUCCCUCGAACAAGAGCAAAUACGAUUACGCCGUGAAGCAGCACGGCAGGACUACGAUAACGAAAGACGUGCCAUCCUCUCCGGACGAGAAGACGUCCUCAACCGCCUAGCAACAGGCACCGUAGAAGAUGCAGAAGCCAUCGCAAAAGAGGGCAGGCAGGGCAUGCUCAAGAAAUCCUCGGCCCGGCGCAGCGAAGAGGAGCGCCUCAAACGAAAACAAACAGCUCUCCUAGCCGAAUCUAAACGUGCCCAGGCUCUAGCAGAUGCAGCCGACAAGGGCAUCGCACCGGCCUUUGAUUCAGACCUCGUCAAAGGCCUGCGGAAGAUCAAGACGCCAGAGCCGGAAAAGCCAUACGACCCUUUUUGUGGGAUCAGGCUCGACGGCCGCGAUUAUUAUCAGCUUCAAGACAAUUACCCGUCUACGUAUCUUGAUCCCAUCAAGGAUAAUGCCCAGAUGCUUGCAGGCGGGUAUGACUUGAGGGAGUACUACGCGCGCACAUUGCUGGAAGCAUUUGCUGGGCUGGGAUGUUUCAUCGAUGAAGAAAUUGCCGCGAGAAACGCUUCGGCGAACCCGUCGCCGACGGGACUUGCGGCGUCAGCUGCGGCGAGUACGCCCAUUCCAGUUGAUGAGGAAAUGUUAUGA